GUUCGGCAAACCCACGCUCCCUGGUGGCAGUCACAGCCGCUGGGCGGCUGGCUGCCGAUGUGUGGGAGGGCGGGUUCAGUAUUUAAAGGGGCCGCCGCCCCAAUGGGAAGAGGGUGAUGGCCUGCAGGGUGAAGGAUGAGUACCAGCGGCAUUACACGGUCACGGAGCCGAGGAGCCACCCCAAGGGCUACACCGAGUAUAAAGUGACAGCCAAGUUUGUUUCGAAGACGAAACCGGAGGAUGUCAAGGAGAUCACGGUCUGGAAACGGUACAGUGACUUCAAGAAGCUGCAUGGGGACCUGUCCUACAUCCACCGCAACCUCUUCCGGCGCAUGGAGGAGUUCCCCGCCUUCCCCAAAGCCCAGGUCUUUGGCCGCUUUGAGCCCGAGGUGAUCGAGGAGCGCAGGAAAGCAGCUGAGGCCAUGCUGAGGUUCACGGUGCACAUUCCUGCGCUGAACAACAGCCCCCAGCUCAAGGAGUUCUUCAGGGUACAUGGGGGAGGGGAGGUAAAGAGGCCCCUGGAGGCCUGUGACCUACGCAUCCUGCCACCCCCUCUGAUCCCAGUGCCGCAGGAGGGCACAGAUGCUGGGGAUGAUGCUCGGAGAUCUGUGGCAGAGCUGGGACGGCAGAGCCUGGAGCCUGAGGGGGAGCCAGAACCGCACCGAAGGGAGCAGACGGAACCACAGAGCCCAGUGCCCCGGGGAGCUGUGGGAGUAGCAGGGGAGGAGCAUAACAGGGAAGAUGAAGGAGAGGAGACAGGGGACCCUGCACUGGCUGCAAAAUCAGAGGAGGACCUGGACCUGCUCUUUGCCUCUGUGGGGGAGGAGGAGAAGGAGAGCGGGUCGCCUCUCCGCGGCCCCCUGUCUGACCAGGACUUGGCCCUCUUUGACCCAUUCAUCAAGGAAGAGCAAUGCUCAGCCAGCCUUUCCCAGGGGGCCACGUUGGCCCUGGAAUCAGAGAUGCUCCCCGGCCAGGACAUUGAGCUGGCGGCUGAUGCCCUGUGGGACCUGCAGAUCUCUCAGCCUGCGGAGCAGGAGGCAAUACAGGGACUGGACCCUGGAGGCUACCUGGCAGUGGCCACUGAGGAGAUCACGCUGGCCUUGAAGCGAGAAGCAGCCAAAGACUACGCAGGGGCCCUCUGUGGCUACCGCAAUGGGGUGGACAUCCUGCUGAAGGGGGUGCAAGGAGACCCCGAUCCGGCCCGCCGGGAAGCGGUGAAAAAGAAGACAGCCGAGUAUCUACAUCGGGCCGAAGAGCUGGUCCAGCUGCAUCUGACCCAUCUCCAGCCAUGAGCCAGGAUCUAAGUCCCCUCCCUGCCACCAGGACAUGGGGCUGAGCAGAUCUAAACCCCUAGCUGCCUUUCCAAAGAGAUCUAGGGCCAAUGCAUUCUCAUACUGGUGACUUAGCUAUGGCCUUUCUCUCAUGUCCCCCCCCCGGGCUCAGAAGCAGGACUACAGGUCCUGGCUAGAAACACACCACUCACACAGCCUCCAUGGUUUGCUUUAACACAGGGCUGUAUGGUGAAGGGGGGAAAUCUCUCUCUGCACUACUAAAGAUGUUUGUGUCUACAGCA